AUGACUUCAUUAACUUCUUUAAAAUCUGUCAACAUUUUUAUUACUGGGGCAAACAGAGGAAUUGGUAUUGGGUUGGUAAAGGAAAUCUUAAAACAAGUUAAAGGUGUAAAUAAUUUAUUUGCGGGUUGUCGGAAUCCAGAGGAAGCUAAAGAACUUCAAACUUUAUCCAGUCAAAACCCUUCUGUUAAAAUUGUGAAAAUUGAUGUUUCUUCAGAUGAAAGUAUUCGGGUUGCGGCAGAAAAAAUUGGUACCCAAGUUAAAGACAUUCAUUUGUUAAUAAACAAUGCUGGGAUUUUUGAAAAAGAGAAAGGUUAUUCUAUACACCAACCAAAUCGAGAUAUUUUCCAAAAACAUUUUGAUAUUAAUUCAACUGGGGCAGCUAUAGUUACUUCGAAUUUUUUGCCUCUCCUUUUGACUGCCGCCUCUUCUGGAUUUUCCCCUUUAGUUGUCAAUAUUAGCUCUAUUUUGGGGUGUAUUUCUCGUAUAGUUCCAAUUUCUUCAUUAGAGCACAACUCGGUUAUUUACGGAAUGAGCAAGGUUGUUUUUGUUAAAUAUUUUGGUAAUUUGAGAGUUUCAACUACACUAAAGUCCGCUCCAAAAAAACCUAGACACCCCAAAUUUUUCAAUUAA